UCGCCACCCUUUGAUGCUCUGGAGGGAAGCCAGCAGCUUUCUGUGACAGUACAUCCAACUCAUCAGGAAUGGCUUACAACGCCUCUCAGCACGGUUGUUAAAACGAAACCUCCUCAGAAAUAUCGUGUCAGAGUGAGACUGAGAAGUUUUCAACCUCAGCACCUCUAUCAGUCUGUUAAGCUUCAUUGCACUAAAUGCAGUUCAUUGCAAGGCAUCCCAGAUGAAGAAAGACUUGACAAUAUGUUGCAAAGAAAUUACACAAAUUGUCCGGACACAAAUACUGAAAAUGCAUAUUGGUAUCAAUCUGUUAAAUGGAAGAGAAAUCAAGAACACAGGACAGUGACUAUUCAUUUUGUAAAAAAACAUGACAUGCUACAAAAUCCACAGGAAUCCCUAAUUAUGGUAGAAGGUGGGACUUUGAAGGAGUUCUGCAAACUAUCAAGAGAGUUCAACAGUAUAAUCCCAGUAACAUCUAACCAGGCCAAUUUAGAAUUAGAUCUUUCAGCUCCAUUUCUUAUUCAAGGCGACAGAUGGCAUUAUGGGUGCAAAAAAUGUUCAAGCCUCAAGUCUAUAGAAGCACUUAGCUCUUUAACCCGUGAAGGAUCCUGGAAUGCUACUGAAAUAGCAAAAGCUUUGGGUAUUGAACCCUUAACAUAUGUAUUUGUUAUGAGCCUUAUACUUGAAGAUGAAACUGGGUCACUUAAUGCUUAUUUGUGGAGGCAUGCAGAACAAUUCUUUCAGAUUUCUGCUUCUGAGAUAUUUAUGGUGAAUGUUUUACAAGAACAACUUCAGAACAUUAUGACCACACUGUGCCCACCAAGAAAACCAAUAAGUGAAUAUCCAUGGAUGGACUGCUGCAUAAGAUCAUAUCAUUCCUGUGAAGGAAGAGAAGAUCAAAAUUUGUAUGAAAUCUUUGAUACUCUGAUUUCAUAA